AUGGAGACGGCAACGUAUGAAUCAACGAUUCCGAUCGAAAACUCGAGACAAUUGUCUAUACUCGUGGUAUCUACGCUAUGUGUUGCCUUUUCGCUUUUCAUUGUUGGCCUGCGGGUGUUUGCCAAGUACAAAAUCUCCAAGCCGCUGGAUGCGAGUGACUUCUGCAGUCUCAUUGCUUUGAUCUUCAGUAUUGCGCUUCACACGACAUUUCGUCGUGUUCUUCAAAGCAAGUACUCCCUCCUUCUUGCAUCGCCUCCCGUCCUAACAUUUGACUUGCAGUGUACUCUAGUAUUCUCCGUCCUGUGGAAUUCGACGACAUGUUUUACCAAACUAUCCGUUCUCUUCAUGUACAUGGCCUUCUUCCCGGUCCGAAAGAUGAUCCUCGCUUGUCGGAUACUGGGGGCAUUCAUCAUCAUCUGGAAUGUGACAGGCAUUAUCACCGUCAUGCUCCUGUGCCGACCGCUUGCGAUGAAUUGGGACCGAUCGGUUGGCGGGACAUGCGGCAGCCAGCCUGAUUACUAUAUGGCCCUGGGCGUGGUGAACAUCGUCGUUGAGGUCGUCAUGCUGGCGUUUCCAUUCCCUGUGUUGUAUGGACUCCAAAUCUCGAUCCAAAAGAAGAUUGUGGUAUUCGGAAUGUUUGGGGUCGGAUUCGCAGCUUGCGGCGUUACAAUAUAUCGCCAGACAACUAUCCCAUCCCUCGAAUACGACGACAUGCCGUGGAGUUCGUUUCUUUCCCUACUGUUCUCGGGGCUCGAGCCAUCCGCAGCACUCAUAUUGUCCUGUGUUCCUUUCCUACGGCCGUAUUUUAAAGGUGCUUUCCCUCGGGCCAAGACCGGUUACUCCUACACACCCGAAGGGGGAAGCAGGACGCACAACACCCUCAAGAGCGGAAAUCGGCCAUUCGAGCAGCUCAAUGAAGAGGAUGACCACUCAUCCGACGUUCAGCUUCAUCCCAUGCAAAAGGGGUCGCUCGAGGCUACAGAGACGAUGCAGCCGAAUAGUAGCGCACGAGUGUACACUGACUCGAGGCAGAGUACACGACCGCAGGAUUCACAGGCUAUUAUGAUACAAAAGCAAUGGGAAGUCAGCAAUCAGGAGAGAUGGUGA